CUGGCUGCAGCAAACAAACGCACACACCCUGCAUUAUAUUGGAGCUUAAUUUGCUAGCUAAUCAAGCUCAAGCUCAAGCUGUAUAGAUGGACAGCGUGGUGAUGGUGAAGAGCGAGAUCGAGAGUUACGUGGGGUCGUCGUCUCUUGCUGCCGGGACGUCGUCGGUCGGCGAGGCCGAGGCCGGGGUCGUCGUCAGGAGGCGGAGGAGGGAGCCGUUGGCGGCGGCGGCGCUCGGGCCGGCCGGUGGCGGCGUCGGCAAGCCCUCCGGCGCCUUGCCCGGCAUCGCCGUCAAGAGGAGCUCCCGGUUUCGUGGAGUCAGCAGGCACCGUUGGACGGGCCGUUACGAGGCGCACCUGUGGGACAAGAACUCAUGGAACCCGACGCAGAGGAAGAAGGGCAAGCAGGUGUAUCUGGGAGCGUAUGACGAGGAGGAGGCAGCGGCAAGGGCCUACGACCUUGCGGCACUCAAGUACUGGGGCGCGACCACAUACACAAAUUUUCCUGUUAUGGACUACGAAAAGGAGCUCAAGAUAAUGGAGAGCCUAACGAAGGAAGAGUACCUUGCAUCCCUGAGGAGGAAAAGCAGCGGUUUCUCCAGAGGCGUGUCCAAGUACAGAGGUGUUGCCAGGCAUCACCAGAAUGGAAGAUGGGAGGCGAGAAUCGGGCGUGUCUUCGGCAACAAGUACCUCUAUCUCGGAACCUACGGCACGCAGGAAGAGGCGGCGCGGGCAUACGACAUCGCGGCGAUCGAAUACAAGGGCGUCAACGCCGUCACCAACUUCGACCUCCGGUCCUACAUCACCUGGCUCAAGCCGCCGCCGCCGGUGCCGAUGCCGGCGCUCGCCGCGAACCCCGACCACCCUCUCCUCGCCAUGCAUCCACAUGCGCAUUCCGUCGAACAUGAACGGUUCAUCCCCCACAUGCUCCCUCCUCUUCCUCCCCCAGCUCUCUCCCGAAACCCUUUCGUCCUCGAUCCCGACGUCGCCGGACCGCACGAGGCUGCCGUGGCGAUCUCCCCAGCAGGUCCCUCCGGCGGGGCGUUGAGGAGGAGGGACUCAAUGUCGUCGUCGUCUUCAUCGUCGCCUACGGCGCUCAGCCUGCUGCUCAAGUCGACGAUGUUCCGGCAGCUGGUGGAGAGGAAUGACCCGGACUACUCGGGCGCCGGCGGCCUGUUAUCAGGGGAUCACAGCCAUCGCGUCGAAGCAGAGCAACCGGCGGGCGGGCAGGUGUUGCUGCCGGGGGAAGGGUACGAGUACCGCGACUUCUUCCACGGGGUUUCGACGGACGCAUGUGGUCUCCUCUUCUCGUCGCCGAGCAGCGGCCAUGGUGGUGGUGUUACUGCUGCCGGGUUUCAGGGGGACGCCGUGGCGGCGUGUUACGGCGACCACGACGAUGGCGGCGAGAGGAUGGCGGCGACGAGGACGACCUGGGAUGGGCCGUUUGCGGACAUGGCGUCGUUGUAGACUUGGGUUUGGGGAGAAUGAAUGAAUGUAUCUUAUGUAAAUUAGCAGUACUUGUACAGUUGGAUUUCGUCUACAAUGUAAGUAAGCAACCUCGUUUUCUUCUGAAUUCUCCGUUUGUUUUCGAGAGACAACUUUAUUUCGGGGGAGCCGGGGAGUUGUGCAAGAAACCGUGCUAAUGUUA